UGAGUUUUUGACAUGUCAUUAUGAUGCAAUCCAGUUGAAGACAAACAACCCUGCUCAUUAUCACUCCUCUGCAUACGACUGCGCGGAUGGCCAGCACAAAUUCUUUCUCCACCACCAUGAGGAUCAAGUUUCCUGUAUUUGCCCUUAUUUUGGAGGUGGCCAUCAUUGUUUUAUUUGGGAUAUUUGUAAAAUAUGAGACAAAGGGGAGAUCGGGCAACAUCACAGAUGAAUCCCACUUGUACCCAUUCUUUCAGGAUGUUCAUGUAAUGAUAUUUGUUGGAUUUGGUUUCCUGAUGACAUUCCUGAAGAAAUAUGGCUUCAGCAGCAUUGGUAACACCUUUCUUAUUGCUGCCUUGGGUCUCCAGUGGGGCAUUCUGCUACAAGGAUUUUGGCAUAUGACAUCAAAUAAAAUCCAUAUUAACAUUAAAAGUAUGAUAAAUGCAGACUUCAGCACAGCAACUGUCCUGAUCUCAUUUGGAGCUGUCCUGGGGAAAACAAGUCCUGUCCAGAUGUUAAUCAUGGCCAUUUUGGAAAUUACCCUCUUUGCAUGCAAUGAACACCUUGUCGUGACAAUACUAAAGGCCACUGAUACCGGCGCGUCCAUGGUCAUCCACGCUUUUGGAGCCUAUUUCGGCCUGGCUGUCGCCCGGGUCUUAUACCGGCCCAGCCUGAAAAACGGGCACGAAAACGAAGGCUCCUCUUACCACUCAGACUUAUUUGCUAUGAUUGGUACUCUUUUUCUUUGGCUGUUUUGGCCCAGUUUUAACUCAGCCAUUGCAGAACCAGGAGAUGCCCAGCAAAAAGCAAUCAUCAAUACCUACUUCUCCUUGGCAGCAUGCACGCUCACAGCAUUUGCCACCUCCAUCCUGGUUGAGCACAGAGGCAAAUUGGACAUGGUGCACAUUCAAAAUGCUACCCUGGCAGGGGGAGUUGCUGUGGGUUCUUGUGCUGACCUGGACAUCCUGCCCUUUGGUGCCAUGUUAAUUGGCAGCAUAGCUGGAAUAAUCUCAGUUAUCGGCUUCAAAUACUUGACUCCAUUCUUUGCUUCAAAGUUGAAGAUUCAAGAUACUUGUGGCGUCCAUAACCUGCAUGGCUUACCUGGUAUUUUGGGAGGCAUUGCAAGUGUCAUUGCAGGUGCUAUACAGAUUGACUCCCAUAUAUCUACUGGGAUGCAGGCUGCCGCUCUGGGAUGCUCCCUUGCCAUUGCUUUGGUAGGAGGAGCAGUCACAGGAUUCAUUCUACAGUUGCCCUUCUUGGGACAGCCCCCUGAUCAGAAUUGCUAUGAUGACUCCGUGUACUGGGAGACUCCCAGUGAAGAAAUGUCACAGCAAUGUAACAUUUACCAAGACGAUCAAGGCAAACUCACUGUUGAAGCAUAAAAAACCUCUCCGCAAUUUGUUCUUUUUCCUGUGCUGUUUUAAAUUUCUAAUGAAAUAGCUGAACCAUACAUUAUUUUUCUAUCUAUAUCUGUAUUGACUUACAGCAAAAAAUAAAACCACAACAAAAUGUAA